GUGAUGUAACGGACAAAAACAUGAGCUGUGGUGAAGCACCACCUGGGAGAGCAAGUGUUGCCUUAGGAAAGGCUCCUAACUGCUGUUGACUUUUAGUUUUGGCUGAGCUUCAGCCAACACUUCCGGUAUCUUUGUGGACAGCAAGACAGCCUAUCAAUCCCUUCCCCCUCCUAUCUUUUAAAAGCCUCAAGGAAAUUUAUUCAAUCGGUACGUAUUUUUUUAAAAAGUGUGGGGUCAACCCCCUGAGAGGAUCUUUUGUAGCAUUCCAAGUGGUAAACAUUAGAAGAAAGCAAUCAAGAAAGUGUUUUUUUCUGUGCUGGCACCUUUUUACUUGGUCUCUUUGAAUCCCUCCCAUCUUUGCUAUGCACUGGUAUUCUGCCAUUUGCUUUCUGGAGGUCAUUUGCUAUUCUCACAGGGAGGCUGGGAUGCCUGUAGAACACUUUCUGAACAGUUAACCCUGUGUCUUUUCAGUAUGAGAAAAAUUCAUACUUUGAAACCUUUUUAUCCUUUUAAAUAAAUAUGGUUGUUUCCUUUCCUUUGCUUCCUUCCCUUUCUUCUUUCCUCCAUUCUUUUUUCUUUCUUUCCUUCCUCUUCUCUCUUUUCAAAAUUUAUGCCUAUUUGAUGCCUACUGUAUGCCAGGUACUAUCCUAGGAGUUGAGGUUAAAAUGGUGGCAAAACAGGUAAGAUCCUAGCUUUAGAGAGCCAGGCUGUUCCUAAUACACAAAUCAGGCUAGCAGUAAGGCAGCAAGGGUGGUAUCUGUGGCAUAACCAGAAUACAUCUACAGGCUAAGUCUUUGAGAUGUACCACUGAACAAGGGUGGUGGUUGAAUUAGGUGGUUUGGCUGUCAGGGAGAAAUCUCUCGUAGAGCACAGUAUGUCCAGUGACGGUUUUGAAUCCAGUCAGGAUCACUCAUUUCUUCCUACUGAACAUGACAAUGCACGUUAUUAGGUAUUCUGUCUGCAGCUGCUUAAACCUUCAUUCUUUCAAGGUGUUGGCAUUAACUGCAUACAAUUCAUUACUAUCGUCGUAUAUCCUUCCAGGUGUGGAAAAACAGAGGCAAGAUUCUCUUUAACUUAGUGUUUUGGCUAUAAACGCCCUCUUUAAGAUAUUAAGGCUGAUAGGUGCUUUGAUAUGUUUUUCUGAACAUAAGUGACAGCAUAUAAACUUCCAGGAUGAGUGCUGCGUGAAAGUCAAAUUUCUUCGCAGGCUGUUCUUCCCACAAGGCCUCUUCCAGGGCUAAAGGCCUUAUUUUCUACUCCACUUGCUGCGCAUUGCGUUUAUUCGCCCACGGAGUCCUAGAUGUCCCCAACGUACUCGUGGCUGAUGGGAUAGAAGUAGGCGACCAUGAGUCUGUAUGAGUGGGAACUCGUCCCAACUCGCUGCUGUCAGCCCAGCACACGGCCGCCCACCAUCGGUGAGCUCAGAAUCUUUGGCCGGUCGCUUGUGCCCUGCGGGCUUCCCCAAGUGGCAGCGUAGUCCCGCAGGCCCGGCCGAUCCUCCGCACAGGAGGCAGCAGCACGCUCCUCGAGCAAGGUCGCUCGCGUGCGGACGCGGCCACGGCACAGCCCAGCCCCUGCCUCGGCAGAAGUGCGGACCCGCCCUUCCGGCCCACCGUCCAACUUCCGGUGGGUAGGUGGGCGCGCACCGUGUAACGACCCUCCUGUCGCUCACGGUUGGUAGGUGGUGGCGGCGUGUGGAUGGCGGCCUCGGCCCCAGGCCGGGCGCGGCGGUGCUGGCGGCAGACCCGGUCCACGCGCUUCCAGCUCUCCCGGGCCGCGGUGGUCUUCCUACUGUCCGCCUUAGUCGGGCGGGAGCCCACGUCAGUUGGAUAUUUGGUUCGAUUACCAAGAGCUUUUCACUUGACCCAAGAUUUGGUGAAAAUAGUGGGAUCGUCAGAUCAUCCAGUGAAAGUAUAUGUCAUGCUCCAUCAAAAGAGUCCACAUGUGCUUUGUGUAACCCAGCAACUGCGAAAUUAUGAAAUGAUAGACCCAACAUUCCAAUGGCACGGGCCAAAAGGAAAAAUUAUUUCAGUUGAAAACAGCACUGCACAAAUAACAUCUACAGGAAGCCUUGUAUUCCAGAACUUUGAGGAGAGUAUGACUGGUGUUUAUACAUGCUUCCUUGCAUAUAAACCUACUGUGGAAGAAAUCAUUACAAAUCUUCAACUGAAAUAUGUUAUAUAUGCUUAUCAUGAACCUCAUUAUUAUUACCAGUUCACAGCACAGUAUCAUGCAGCUCCCUGCAAUAGUGUGUAUAAUAUUUCUUUUAAGAAGAACCUUCUUUGGAUUUUAAGCCAAAUUGUUCACCACGUUUCAUGUGAAGUUUCUUUGCUUAAGUCUGAAUGCCAUCGUGUUAAAAUGCAGAGAGCUGGUAUACAAAAUGAAUUGUUCUUUACAUUUUCAGUGUCAUGUCUAGAUACUAAAAAAGGAUCCAAGCCAUGUGCAGACCAUAAUUGUGAUGCUACCAAAAGACUACCUAAGGCUAAAAAUCUCAUAGAGAGAUUUUUUAAUCGACAAGUGGAAACUCUAAGCACACUUGCAAAACGAUUGCCUGAAAUAUACUAUAUUGAAGGUACUCUCCAAAUGGUUUGGAUUAAUCGCUGCUUUCCAGGGUAUGGAAUAAAUACCCUAAAACAUCCAAAAUGUCCUGAGUGCUGCGUAAUCUGCAGCCCUGGAUCAUACAACCCCCGUGAUGGAAUUCACUGUCUUCAAUGCAAUAGCAGCCUGGUGUUUGGAGCAAAAACAUGCUUAUAG